UCUGGUUUCUGCUGGAAAAGAAGUCAGUGUGAAGUCAGAGCAGCAGACGUUUCGCUGGAGGAGAGAGAGGAUACUCACCUGUUGAACAGCAGCGGUGUGGUUUCUAAAUUUACUUCUUUCUUUUUUUAAAAUUCACUUUGUUUUGUUUUUCUUUCUCCGAGCCUGAGCCUUCAGGAUGACGGACACUCUUUUACCAAACGGCAUCAAAGACGGCGGAGGAGACAACACCUAUUUCAAAAAGGGUUGUAACCCGUUCGCCCAGACUGGACGAAGCAAACUGCAGAAUAAGCGAGCCACUCUGAACCAGCAGAUCAUCAAACAGAUGAGGAUGAGGGCCGGAGCUGAGAACCUGCUGAAGGCUACAUCUAACAACAAAGUUAAAGAGAUGGUUCUUCUGGAGUUGAGCUAUGUUAACGCCAACCUGCAGCUAUUGAUGGGACAGCUGGAAGGACUCAACAGCUCAGUGGAAGUCUACCAGAACGCCCAGGAAACAGCCAACAUUCCCCUCAUUGCUCUGGGUCUGAAGGAGACAAAAGAAGUUGACUUCUCUACAUUGUUCAAGGACUUCAUCUUGGAGCACUACAGUGAGGACGGGAACAGUUAUGAAGAUGAAAUUGCUGACCUGAUGGAUCUACGACAGGCUUGCAGAACGCCAAGUCGUAAUGAUGCCGGAGUCGAACUGCUGGCAAAAUACUUCAGCCAUCUUCCUCUGAUGGAGAGCCGAUUCUUCUCCCCAUCCCGCCAGACUGGCAUCUUCUUCACUUGGUAUGAUUCCUUCACAGGAGUCCCAGUAUGCCAACAGAACUUGUCACUGGAGAAGGCCAGCAUCCUCUUCAACAUGGCCGCCCUCUACUCCCAGAUUGGCACCCGCAGUAACCGACAGACAAUAGUUGGCCUGGAGGAGGCCAUCUCUUCCUUCCAGAUAGCUGCAGGUCUCCUGAACCACCUGAAGGAGACAUUUACCCAUACUCCCAGCUAUGAUAUGAGUCCUGCGAUGGUCAGUAUGUUGAUCCGGAUGAUGCUUGCUCAGGCUCAGGAGUGUCUGUUUGAGAAGACUGCACUGCCUGGCAUCCGAAACCAGUUCUCUUCCCUGAUGAAAAUGGCCCAGGAGGCUGCAAAGGUCUCAGAAAUCUACGACCAAGUCCACCAGUCCAUGAUCCAGACACCAAUUAAGGACAAUGUCCCGUUGUUCUGGUCCACCAUGUCGCAAGUCAAAACCAACCACUACCGCUCCAUGGCACACUACUUUGUAGCUUCAGCCCUCCUAGACCACCAAUUGGGUCCCAGGGACGAUGAGGACCAGCAGGAGAAGACCUUGUCACAGGUCUAUGAUCGACUUCCUGAGGGACGCACACCACUGGAAAUCCUGAAAAAUAAAGAAGAACGUGAACGCAUUGGUAAAGCACACAUUCGUCGGGCCAUCCUGGGUCAUGAGGAGGCUCUGAGGAUCUACAGUUUGUGCCACCACUUGAACAAUAUGGAGGCGCUGCAGGACAUUUUAAAAGCCAGCCACGAGCGCUCGCUCAACAAGUGCAGUGAAAAUGAAAAUGAGGAAGAAUUUGCCGACUACACGGAGGCCCCAGACAUCAUCUCUAAAACAGAGCACAAAGCAGAGAUGGAGGUUCCCACAACCACAAAGGUGAAAGUCACUGACUUCUUCCAAAGGCUGGGCCCUCUGUCAGUCUUCUCAGCCAAGCAGCGGUGGACAGCACCGCGGACAAUACGACUUCGCCCAGAAGACAGAGACCUGGGCUUCACUCUGAAAGGAGAAACACCAGUGCAGGUGGUUUCGCUGAACCUUCGGUGCCAAGCUGCUGCUGAUGGUCUGAAAGAGGGUGACUACAUUGUUGCCAUAAGCGACACAGACUGCAAAUGGUUGGGUGUGGGUGAGGUGAUGCGACUGCUGAAGGACGUGAACGAGGAGGGGAUCGACAUCCAGGUGGUCAGCAUGAUGGAUAGCAACCCUCCAAUGCCUACCAAGAGCGCCACCUUCUGCGGGAACCUGCCCAAGACCUACUCUAUGAUUUGUUUGGCCUAUGAUGAUGAAGAUAAGAAGUCUCGCAAAGUAACCAAGAAGUCAUCUUUCAUCAACUGGGGUCUGAAGAACAAACUUAAGAGCGCCAGCACCCUCAGCCUGCCCACAGCUGACCACUCCGGCACUCUUCCAUGGAAUAAACCCUGCCCCACCUUCCCCAGCUCCAGCUCCUACAACAACGACAGUUCCCUUUACUGAGCUAUCUGCAGACUGCGUGCAGUAAGCCUAGUAGUGGCCGCGUACAGUACUGUGUUGUACCCAUACUGGACCUGCUAUGGAUGUGGUACAGUACCAGUGCCCUUUGGUGAUUCCACUGGAAUACCGAGCAGUAGUGUAUGUAGCAUGUAUGACACCAGUGUAAAAAUGACAUUUCCGCCAGCUACCUUGGAAAGUGGCUGUGCCAAAUACUGUAUAUAGGUGCCUUUAUUGCCACAUGGGCUCCUUCCACAGCACAGCUGAGUAUCUCAAGUAAACUGGACAGCACACUAAACAUAAUGAGAAAUCAUUCUGCACCAUGCCAGUAUGCGUACAGCACAGUACAACUGCACUGUGGGAAAAAAAAACAUAGCAGUUAUCAUUCCAGUCUCUCUGUGUGUGUAUAUAUAUAUAUAUAUAUAUAUACACACACACACACACACAGAGCACUGAGACAGGCCUCUAAGUUAAACUGUCAUCUCAGUAUGUUUUCCUGAAGAAAAUCUCCAGACGAAUUUGAAGGACGAAAACAAAGUUGUACAAACACACCCAGCGUCGGUUACUACUUGACUGCAAGGGGGUAAUUUAAUUGUGGCUUAAGCAGUCCCUUGUUUGUUUCAUUGUGUACUGAUGUAGCUGUGCACUGUACAGUUAUGCUCAAUGUCCUACAUGUCUGUUUCAUACUGUAUAUGUGAAGGGUUCAGUCGUUGCCACAAUAUUUCUUGCAACCAGUGGAUCAGUUUUAGGUUAUGAAAUACAUAUAUUUCUUAAGUACAUAUGUAGAUGUGUCGCAGUAUGUUAAACAGUGAUUGAGGGAAAGCAAAUUGUGCUGUGUUGUCGUUUUUUGUCUGUGGAGAGUUGAUGAAUGCAAUGUCCUAUAAGCUGCUAAAAAAAUCAUAUAUAU